CUCUGCUUAAACCCCUUUUACUCUUUCACUUCAAAGUUCACAUCUUUACUUCACUCACCAACAAUCAUUGUCGCUCUUGUUUUUAAUCCAUUCCCUGCUAACUUUUUUUAUGUUGAUUAAUCACUGAAACAAUUUCAUCCUUUUCUAAUUUAUUUUGGUAUACUGAUGCAAUUUUAUCAGCAAAUCACUCGGUGUGUGUUGUGUCAGUGUUUUAAGGAAAAGGGGUUUAUUGUGAUUUAUUUUUUGUUCAGAAAUGUUCUACCUUCAGGUCUCACACCCGAGUGCGGCAACACUGUUAAAGUUGAAGAGGCAUACCAUAGAGUUGGUUUGUAUUGUUAUGUUAAGCAGUUGAAUCUUUUGAAUGGAUCGUUGUCCCGGGCAAUGUCAACUUCCAAAGGUAGGAGCAUGCGCAGCAAGGUGGAAAGGCGAAUGCAGAAAGAGUCUGGUAAGACUUUAAGGGAGAUUCGCAGAGCGAAAAAGUUGAAGAAGAAACUCAUGACUGAGGAGGAGAGGCUCAUUUACAAUCUCAAAAGAGCCAAGAAGAAAGUGGCAUUGCUUCUACAGAAACUCAAGAAGUAUGAGCUACCGGAGCUGCCUCCUCCUCGACAUGAUCCAGAACUCUUAACACCUGAACAGCUUCAGGCGUAUAAAAAAAUUGGAUUCAGGAAUAAGAACUAUGUCCCAGUUGGUGUUCGUGGUGUCUUUGGAGGAGUUGUUCAAAAUAUGCAUCUCCAUUGGAAGUUUCACGAGACUGUGCAAGUUUGUUGUGACAACUUCCCCAAGGAAAAAAUAAAAGAAAUGGCUUCAAUGCUUGCAAGAUUGAGUGGUGGGAUUGUGAUAAAUGUUCAUAAUGUGAAAACAAUCAUUAUGUUUCGUGGCAGAAAUUAUCGCCAACCCAAAAAUUUGAUACCUAUUAACACCCUUACAAAGAGGAAGGCUCUUUUCAAGGCCAGAUUUGAGCAAGCUCUUGAGUCUCAGAAGCUAAACAUAAAGAAAAUAGAACAGCAGCUUCGACGGAUGGGAGUAAAUCCUGAGGAUCCAGCUGCCAUGGCCAGCAUCCAGAGAGUUGCUUCCACAUUCUUCAAUGCCAUCGACCAGAAAGAAGGAAGCCCUUAUGUCUUCCGUGAAGGCAAGCAGUCAAUAAUAGAACCUGCUGAAGGUUUUGAAGAGUCAGAGCCUACAGCUGAUAGUGAUCAGGAAGAGCUAGAUCGGUUCAUUGCUGAGAUAGAGGAUGCGGCAGAUAAAGAAUAUGAAGCUGAAGAGGCAAAAGAAAAAGAAGAGUUUGGCAGAAUUAGAUACUGGAACAAAGAAGAAUUUGGUGGAAGAUACCGAAGAUCAGAUGCUUCUAGAAAUGAUGACCAUGAUGUUGAGGCUAGAGGCUCAAGGGUUUGGAAUACUACACAUCCUAAGCGUCAUGCUAUCGAUAGUGAUGAUGAAGAGAAUGCUCAUUCUGACAAUGAUGAUGAUGAUGAUGAUGAGGAGUGGCAUUUCAAUAAUAUUGCAGAUGCUAGUGAUCUUGACAGCAAUUCUGAUGAAUCUGAUGGAACUAGAGGUAAGUUCAAGGAAAGUAGGAGGAAAAGAGAGAAGCAGAAUAAUCCUGGUAUCAGUCGGGCCAGAGAUGACGAAAGUUCAAAUAGACAUGCAGGAGCUAAAUUUAGGAGGAAUAUGGCCAUAAAAGAUUCCGAAUCAGAAGGCAUGCUCAGUGAUGUUGAAAAUGCAAUGUGGGAGUCUGAGGAUGAGGAGCAAGAGAAUAAUGACUCAGGACAUUUGAGAAAGUUCAGUGGUAACUACAGGAGUAGUAGCAGUGAUGAUGAGUAUGCACAUCAAACAAUGAGUAACAAGAAGAGUGGUGUGAGGGAUCAUGAGAGUAAGGUUGGUGGUUCUGCUCAAUAUCACGAUAGUUUUGAUGCACCAAACAGUGUGAGAGGGAUGCAUGCAGUUAACAAAAUUGAUUCUGAAUCCAUAGAUGAAUUCAGCAGUUCAGAAAACUGGCUGUGGCCUUCAGAUGCUGAGGAGACUGGGGACUACCCUACAAAUCAAAAUAGUAAUAAUGUGAUCAAAAGUGAUAUCCCUAAGACUAAGAGGAGAACACCAAAAGAGACAGAUGAGGCAUGGGACAGUGACUAGCCCAGUAAAUGCAAGACGACAUUGCAUUGUGGUAAGCACUGCUUCACAAGAAAGACUUAGAACAAGUAAUUGGUCCAAACAAAAACAUGAAAUGAAGCCCAACAUACAGCUCGUUUAUUCAGUUCUCACACGGUGCUUCCUCUCAACACUGUCUCAUGUUAUCUGCUCAAAUGCAAAUGUGAUGUAUGUGGCAUGUUCUCAGUGAGAGUUUGAAGCAUCAGACUUUGACUAUCUGCAAAAGAAAUUUGUUCUUAGGCACUUUUUGUAGUCUAGGCAUUGAAUUAAUCAAUUGGAAUUGAAAGAGAUGUGGUUUAUUUAUUUGAAAGGUACA